UACAGGGUCUCAAUUGGGUAAAAUUGCAGAUUACAGCAACCAAAGAAGAAAAAUAUUUUGUUUUUCUGAUGGUUUUUGAUGCGAUUGGUUCAAUUUUGUCAUUCGAUUUUAUCGGAAAUCACUCAUUUUGAAUUUAGCCCCUAUCCCAUGAUAGUUCUAUCGAUUGCGUGUUCUGAAUUCCCAGUACUCUGUGCUUGCUAACUUAUACUAGAUAACCAAACUAAACCUCACCUAACUCCCUAGCUGGAGGUCAGCCUCCACGUCCACGAGAAUAUAAAUAGCUGUUACAGUAUUUCUUUCCUUACUCCGGGUCAGGGAUCAGAAUUCGUUGUGGGUUCCUCUGUUCUCUUAAUUUUCGUUAUUUUUAGAAUUAAAUAAUACAAUAAACUUUCAAUAAUCAAAAUCACACCCAGCACAUUAUGGCUCCAUGUUGCAACUGAUUAAAAAUGUCCCGCAUCUUAGCACCCAUGGCGAAUAUUGAACGCUAAUUGGUUGAAUCAAAUGUUGAGAUUUUUAUUGGAUUUGAUUGGCUGCUGUCCCUCCACCUAGAUUUGAUUGGCUUUGGCCUCCUCCUAUUUGAUUGGCGGCCGCCCCCCCAGCACAUGCACAGGAGGAUAAGCAAACAUAAGAGCUCACACAAUUUGAGCCACAGGUUGAAAAAUUUGGAGGUGUGAAGUCCUGGUGACAGACAGUCUUCUGACCUGACAGCAUCUGUGUGAAAACGUGAAAGUGACACCAAGUCAAUAUGAGCGAGAUUGACCUUAUGAUUGCACUACAGCUGCAGGCCCAGUUCGAGGAGGAGCUGCGGGUCAGCCUUGAGAAACAGAAACAGGAACUACUCCACUCAGAAGCAGUUACACCAUCUCUAGGCUCCAUCCCAAACAAGUGGAAGUAUCGAGGAAAACUGCUGGAUGAGUCGCCUCAAGUGAAGUUGUCAGUGUCUCUCAUUGAUCCAUCAUGGGAGAUGAUUGACCCAAACCCUGAUAUUCAUACGCUCUUUCUCACCUUUAAUGACCAGUUCUUCUGGGGACGAUUGACAGGGGUGGAGGUCAAGUGGAGUCCAAGAAUGACCUUGUGUGCUGGAGUGUGCAGUUAUGAGGGUCAUGGAGGAUUGUGCUCUGUCCGUUUGUCUGUGCCGCUGCUGAAACUACGGCCCCGUAAAGACCUGAUUGAAACUUUGCUGCAUGAGAUGAUCCAUGCCUACCUAUUCGUCACUGCCAACAACAGAGACCGAGAUGGACAUGGUCCUGAAUUUCACAAACACAUGUACCGCAUCAAUGAAGUGGCAGGAACUAAGAUUUCGGUUUACCAUAGUUUCCAUGAUGAGGUGAGCGUUUAUCGACAACACAUAUGGCAGUGUGAUGGGCCAUGCCGGACAAGGAGACCUUAUUUUGGCUUAGUAAAACGAGCCAUGAAUCGAGCACCUGGGCCACGUGACCCAUGGUGGGAGAGGCACCGGCAGUCCUGUGGGGGGACCUACACCAAGAUCCAGGAACCUGAUGGAUAUGGUGACAAGAAGAAAAAGAAUCUUCUAACAGGUACAAAAAAGAAAGAGAAUGAUCGUGCUGACAUCAGAAACUAUAUAGAUUUUAAAGGAAAAGGAAAUUCCCUUGUGGCUGGUACUUCGGGUUCUUCACAUACAUCCAGCAAGCAGGAAACAAGUAUGAAAAAUAUAAACAAAAAAAAUUGUUUUUCUAAAGAAAUUAUUCCAAACUUUGGUGAGACAAGUAAUAAUAAUGGCAAUAGAACUAGUGAUGUAAUUGACAGCAAUAGAUACUGUGAAGGAAAGCUUAAAAACAUACACAGGCUAGCAAGCACUUCAUCUGGUACAGUUUCACAUGUAAACAUUGACAGUGCAAGCAGAUCAAGAGUGCAUGGAUUUGGUGGUGGACCUCCAGCACAUAAGAAACCCCGCAGUACUCCAGGAGGAUCUACCAUGGGAAAACCAAUUGGAAAGGCAGCAGGGAAGCCCAGCAGUGGAUUUGGUACUGGUCUUGCUAUGCGAGGUGGUGGUUCAAGGACAGUUACAGUGAAGGGAAAGACUUCCACCAAAACUGAGAGCCAAGCAGGUGGUGGUAUAAAAACAGAAAGUACUACACCAGAGACAAGUAAAUUCCAGGGACAAGGUUUCAAUCUAGGAGGGUCAAGAACUGGGGUGUCCAGGUUGCUUUCUCUCUCUAACUCAUCUCAUCCGUCUGAUCCUCACACAGCAUCUGCUUCUUUAGGUGAAACUGAAAUUUCUACAAAUACUGAAGGAUCUUUUCACACUGUAAGGAAAGAGAAGCUAAAUGAGGAACAGGGCUCUUGGAUCUCAAGAUCACCUACAAAAGGAAAGAGUCCAUUGAAAGGGAAAAAGUCAUCUCCAAACUUUCAAAAAUCACUUGAUGGCUACUUACUUCCCUCAUCUUCAAAGCUGUCAGACAGUGGUGAGGAAGAUUUUGCAAGGUGUCCUGUAUGUGAUAAAGCUGUUUCCAAAAGGAAGAUUAAUCAACAUCUUGAUGAAUGUCUUGGUGAGUUUGAUGAUGAAGACAAUUGGAACAUCAAAAGUAAAAAUUAAAAUUGCUCAAAUAUAGAGAAACAUUCCAUACAAAGUGUAAAAUAUGAAACUGUGUUUAAUGUAAGUAAUGAAGAUGAAGCUAUGGUAAUUGGUGCCUGCAGUGUGUCAGAAUCAUCUUUUAUAUCUGAGGACAAUAACAAAACAAAUUCACAGGAGGAAAUGUACCCAUGGCCAGUUUGUAAAGAGUUGUGUACACAUUAAAAAAUUUACCAACACUUGGAUACUAACUUUUAGUAAUUUCCAUAGGGAUUUUUAUUGAAACUUUUUUUUUUUAAGUUCUGUACAGUAUAUAGUAAAGUCUCAUGAUACAGAAUAUAAUAAAGUCAUAUGAUUUGGCAUAUAUUAAAAUCUCAUGACAGCAUAUAGUAAAGUCUCAUACCAAGUUCUUAAAAUAUUGUACUGUGUUUGCAAAUUCACUAAUAUUGUGCCAUAAUGCUUGAUUUCAUUUUCUGCAAAGUUACUGAUGCAGUUCCUUGUGCAGUACAGAGGUAUUUAGAGAGAUGAAAGUUAUUUUUUAUUAUAGAAACACAUGUUCAGUUUGGGUCUCAUGUGCUGUCUAAACUAGUUUGUAUUGUUAUUUAUCAUGCAUGACUUCAUUUUGCUGGUUUUUGUUUUUAUAUAAAAUUUUUAUCGUGAAUUUACUUAUGACGGACAAAUUCAUAUUUGUGUAUAAUAUUUUAGCUUUUUUAAGUUGCACUUAACUAGAAUUGAGUCUGUACAAAUCAUCUACCCUAUAUUAUUAUGUGAUAUUAAAUAAAUAUCUCUCAUUUUACUUCAAUUUAUA